CCCGUAUAUCCCUUAUCCUAUCCUCUUCUCUCUUCACACACCCUCUCUCAGACUCUCGAAGAAAAAUGGCGAGCACUCUCUCAACACUCACACUUCGAUGUCUCUCUUAUCCUACGCCCACCUCCUCCCCUUAUCCUACGCACACAUCCAAACCCACCACCCUCCUCACCUUCCCCUCCACCCCUCUUAGCCUCACCCACCGGUUGACCCAUCUCCGCCCUAUCUCCGCCGUGGCGGCCCCCGAGAAGAUCGAGAAGCUCGGAGCAGAAAUCUCCGGCCUCACGCUCGAGGAGGCGCGCGUGCUUGUUGACUACCUCCAGGACAAGCUUGGCGUGUCCGCCGCGGCCUUCGCCCCUGCUGCCGUUGCCGUAGCCCCCGGCGCGGGCGCCGGAGACGCCCCCGCGGUUGUCGAGGAGAAGACCGAGUUCGACGUGGUAAUCGAGGACGUGCCCAGCAGCUCGCGCAUAUCGGUGAUCAAGGCGGUCAGGGCCCUCACGAGCCUGGCGCUCAAGGAGGCCAAGGAGCUCAUCGAAGGCCUGCCCAAGAAGUUCAAGGAGGGCGUGUCCAAGGACGAGGCCGAGGAGGCCAAGAAGCUGCUCGAGGAGGCUGGUGCUAAGAUCGGCAUUGUUUGAUUUUUGUUGCUUAGUUCUUGUGAUUUGAGGGUAGUUAUGCUAGUAGUUUGGCGGUACAGUGGAAUGUGAUUGAUUGUUGUUCUUACUUGAAUGAAAUUUCACGGUGUAAUGAAACUGAGUCUCCGUGCUCACCUUGUGUUUGUUGAA